UUUUAUAUUUCGCUUGUCCUGCCGAAUUGGUUACCGCAUGUGUAAUUUCUCACGAAUUAUAUUGGAAACUGAAAAAUUAAGAAACCAAUUUGAGUGAAAUGAAUUCAACCACAAUGUCACGUCAAGUGGAUGUAAAGGCCCUGGUAUCACAUGUAGUUCGCGGUGACGGUGUAAAUAGGUGCCGAAUAUGUAUGGGGGAUACAACAGAAGGACAAGUACACUUAAGCGACACGGUUAUAAUGGAUGGUGAAAAACCUGUAACGCUUUCUGAACUUCUGGAGACUGUUACUGGAAUCCAGAUGCAGCUGGAUACAGAUGGAGACCUGCCAGCGGGAAUAUGUCCAGAAUGCUCAAAAUGUGCAUUAAAUGCCGCCGAAUUCAGAACACUGUGUCACCAUGCAAUCAAGCAAUGGGACUUAACUAUUCAGCUCUUACAGAAUUUACCGGGACAAUGUAAUGAUAAAAUCAAAACAAUGUUUGCCAUAAUUGAUCAAAGUCAAAUGAUUAUCAUUAAUGAUGAUAUGUCAGAAGAUUCAUUCGGUACAAAUUCAGCUGCUCAAAGGUUAACUGCGCAUGUUAAACCUAAAACGAUUGUGAAUAAAAAAGAUAAUAAUUUAUCAUUUUGCAAAUGUCCGAACUGUGGAAAGGAAUUUCAGUAUAGCCAUCAAUUAAGUCACCACUUGAAAGAAUCAACAGAUAUGAAACGGGCAUGCCAUAUUUGCUCGGAAAUCAUGUUACGUAAUGAUUUGGUAUCGCACAUGUUAGAUGUACAUAAAAAGAAUCCUUAUGAUUGCAAAAAAUGUCCAGCACUGCUAUAUUCUCAUAAUCAAUAUAUUAGACAUUUAACGAAGGCACACACUCGUGGUGCGUGUACAUGUAUUGAAUGUGGACGGAAUUUUCAAUCGUCGAAUGCAUAUCAUGCGCACGUCUCUGUACACAGACCAAAAAGUUGUCCGAGUUGUGACAAGAUGUUCCGCAAUCAAACAUGCUAUGUGCACCACGUGAAGGAAUGUUGCAAUUUAGAUAAAAAUAGAGAAGACACACAUCACACAAAGAAUAAAGUUACAGUAGAUGUAAUGAAUGAAAACAGCAAGAAAAAUAUUAAAGUAGGUCUCCGCGGGAGUGCGGCUAAGGAAUGCAUAUGUGAUCACUGCGGGAAGAAGUUUGCUGGCAAAAAGUUUGUAGCUGCACAUAUACAAAUAGUUCACAUGAAGAACACGCAUCGACCUUGUGUGUACUGUGGGAAGUUCCUGGCGGCAGCGCAUAUGACACAGCAUGUUAAGAAACACGAAACAGACCCAUCGUACACAUGUCAGCAUUGUAGUAUUGUUCUCAAGACUCGACUAGGAUAUAUUCAACAUUUGCGCCUCCACACUGGAGAGAGACCGUACGCGUGUGAUACUUGCGGAGAAUCGUUUUCUGCUUCGUCCAGACGAUCGGAACACAUACGUAAAGUACAUAAAAGCUCAGGUAUAAUAUUGAAGCAAGCUUGUCAUUUGUGUCCAGCGAAAUUUCGGCUGCCUUACAGAUUGAAGAAGCAUUUAAAAGCGGUUCAUAACGACGAAGGCGACAGCUCAUUAUCGCAAUACGAAUGUAAAGUUUGUCAUGAUAAAUUCGGUUCGUACCGUGGACUGUUACAUCAUAGUAGGAAACACCAGACCAUAACAAUACCAAACCCAUCGGUCAUGUUCAAAGUGUACAGUGAUGUCGAGGAGGAAAUCGAACUACCCGCGGGCCUGUGCUGCAACUGCACGAACAGCGCCAUCUCUGGGUGGCAGUUCAGACAGCUAUGUCUCGAAUCGAACAGAAAUUGGAUGAAAACAACACUAUUACUGUCUAAAACGAAAAUUCAGCCAACAAACAAAGAUAAAACCAUUUUCAUAGGCUUUAACACUUUGAUAAGAGACAACAUUGAAAAUAAACACACAACAGAUGCUGUGGAUAGACUUAAUACACUCAUCGGUUCAAAGAAAAAAACUAGAUCUAAAUACAAAAAAAAUGAUAUAAGUAACAUUUAUAUGUGUAAGGAUUGUGGCAAAGAUUUCACGGUUCCGUAUUUCUUGAACCGUCAUUUACUGAGUACGAAAAAACGCGCUUGCACUCUCUGCGGUAAGAUUUUGCCGAGGGAACGUUUGGCUAGACAUUUGAACAGAGUUCACGCUAAGUUUGUACUGAAUUGCGAUAUCUGCGAGAAAUUAUUCGAUGAACAACUCGAAUUGGAAAAACACAAGAUAUUAUUACACGGCGAUGGCUCAUAUCAAUGUAAAACGUGUAAGAAUGGAUUCAAAAACGAGAGAUCUCUCCGUGCACAUAUGUACACGCACACGCUAUUCAAUUGCUCGUCCUGUAACGCUAGUUUUGAAAAUAGAAAAUGUUACACGCACCACAGAAAAAUCUGCGACGGCUCUAAACACACAACGGAAGGUAUAUAUGAAUGCGACGAAUGUGGUAAUAUAUACACGAAGAAGCCAUCGUUGAAGGUUCACAUCGUUCAGAAACAUUUGAACGUUCUGCCGUAUGUUUGUCAAAUAUGCGGGAAACGUAGUUCGACGAAAAAUCAUCACAAGGCUCAUGAACUAAUCCACAAAACAGAAAGAAAAGUCUACCAAUGUUUCUGCGGUGCGAAAAUGCUCACAGAACUCGGUUUCAAUAUGCACCAGAGAAUACAUUCUGGGGAAAAGCCUUACGAAUGCGGGGUAUGUGGUGACAGGUUCCUGUCGGCUUCUAGAAGGUUGGAUCACAUCAAGAGAAGACACAGGAGUAAGGAGAUGGCGCACGGUUGUGACCAAUGCGAGGCUAGGUUCCCGCAAGAGGAAUAUUUAUUCCCAAAGGGUUUUUGUUCUGAUUGCACGAGGGUUGCGAUUGCCUCGUACGAGUUCAGAGUGUUUGUACGAAAGUCCGAAAAACUAUGGACAAACUGUAUAGAAUCGCUUCAAACUGUCCCAACUUUGAUCACAUCCCAAAAAUCGAUUUACGCUAUCGUACGUAAUAACUUACUAAUUCAUACGGUCAGUAACUUCGAGGGUAACGCAAAAGACUUGUUGAACCAUCUGACGAAUAGAUUCGUAGCGAGGAAGAUUUUAAUAGAGAGGAAGCCGAGGCACCCGAGACACCCCAGGACUGGACCGUCGUGUAGCUGCACGGAUUGUGGCAAAAGUUUCCUUAGUCCGUAUUAUUUAAACAUGCACUUGCGUAAUAGCGGUCAGAAAGAGGCGUGCUGGCUCUGUGGCGCGAUGGUGAUAAGAGGGAAGGAGAUGCACGAACAUAUGUCCAAAAUUCACAAGACCGACAUGUUUUUGUGUACCGAAUGCCCGAUGCUGUUCAAAAGUGAGCUGGAACGGAAGAGACACAUUAAGAAAUGUCAUGGACCGGGUGUACUGACGUGCGCUGAUUGCGGGAGAACGUUCCAGAGGCCCGGAUCGUUCGAAGUGCAUUCACAAAUGCACGCAGUGAGGACGUGCCGGGCUUGUGGCGCACAGUUCGCGAACCGUGGUUGUUACAGAGAACACAGGUCGAAAUGCGAACCGAACGCAAAACCAGACUUGAAAACGAUACCGAGAAAUAAAAGAUCGAACAUUCGAGAUCCCGCUACGUUCACUUGUGACUAUUGUAAUAAAACGUAUCAUUCACGUCCGCAGUUAAAAAACCACAUUCUAUGGAUACAUAUGGACAUAAGACCGCACCAGUGUCAAUGGUGCGGGAAGCGUUUCUACACUCCAGCGCGUUUAGCUGAACAUUCGGUUGUGCACACGCGCGUCAGGAAUUUCGAAUGCGAUAUUUGUGGCGCGAAAUUAGUAUCCAAAAUGGCGGCCGUGUACCAUAGAAGAAGGCAUACGGGCGAAAGGCCAUACGAGUGUCAGGAUUGCGGUGAAAAGUUUAUAUCGUCGUCUCGAAGAUCAGAACACGCGAAACGCAGGCACAACAGAGGUUCUCGUCUCCAAUGUACUGAGUGUCACGCGAGUUUUGUUAGGAACCAUGAAUUAAAGAAACAUAUGGAUAAAGUUCAUAAUCCAGAUAAUCACUUGUUGGUCAAAAUAAAAAAAGAAAAGUUUUUCCCAAUAGCGACAACUCAAAAACUUUGAAAAUUUUCCAUAGACAAUAAUUUGAAAUGGUGCUGUGUCAAUUUAGAAACUUUAAAAUAAUUAUAUUAUGUUCUUUCAAUAAAUUUGAUUCCGUAAUUUAUUCAAUUUUUUUACAAAAAUGUAUUAGGAACAAAUGAUGCUAAUUAAAUUAUUAGACUGGGUUCACUCGCGUUAAAAGUAACUGCUCCGCCCCUUGUGUUGCAGUCUGUCUUUCCUUUCUCAAUAAAUAUUAUAGGUAGUAGAUACAAAAAGUUGUUUUCAAAUCGAAUUUCAAACAAACAAACAUACUGUUCAGCUUAAUAUAAAAUUAUAUUCUGAAUACUAAUGCAUUUUUUUUAUUCCAGUAAAAAUUUUUGAUU